AUGGCUCGCCCCAAUACUGCUUUGGCAAAUUUUGACUCAGACGGCGGCCGCAUUAUAAUGCCUGCCAAUACCAACCUCAAACCUGUCAAAGCGCCGUCGCGGAAACACACGCAGCUCAAUAUCUCCCCGCCUCGAGCCCAACCGUCUACCAGCGAAAUCACACAACGCUUGCGAGAACAACGUGCUACGACUCGUCCUGGAGCAGCCACAUCCACACAAGCUCGUGCUGGGCAUGGCACGACCGCGGCAGAAAGAUCGGCUGAAAGUCUAAAAUGGUUGGGCAUGGUUGAUCAAGACACUUCCGGUUCGAUGUCGGGUGGCACCCAAAAUCGUGAAAUCAGUGGGCAGAUUCCAGAACCCGUUCCUGCUAGUCAACAACUCAGUGCCGGUGGGAUCCCAGCCAGCUUCGACGGGAUGAGCGGCAUAGGAGGGCAGGCCAGUAUGAGUGGUGGCUCUCAGUUUGAAGACUCGCAACUCGAUGAAUCACAGUUUGAAGAAUCCCUUCCUCCCCCCAAGCUGUCCGCUUGGUCCCAACUCGACCGUGUCGAUUUCGAGGCUUCGUACGAUCCAGCUCCUCAAGCACACGAAGAUAUCAUCUAUAACCGCUCGGGUAACCCCGUCAGUCGAAAGGACGGCAGCUCUCUCCUCCUACCUCCCGUCGAGCCACCAACCCGCUCCAAGUCACCUCAGGCAAAACUCGUGGCCACAGGUGGUCCAUCUCCUCGAAAAGCUCCCAAGCAGAGUACAAUUUUCUCUGCAACCAAGCCAACAACUUCUGCUGCAGCUCGUCAGCCUGGCGACUACGAUCCUGCCGACGACAGAAUCCGAUUUGACGCCCCCAUUCCCCUCACCCCUGGAGCGCAUCAAUCCGGGACAACUGGACCGCGACUCAUCUUACCUAAAGGUGUUCGUCCUCGCGCACCAUCACCAAUCUACAUCUCGGACGAAGAAUCACCCGAGGGCGAUGCGUCCGCUUUAUCUGCGGCACCCCUUCCUGUCGAUAGCGGUUUGCAACCAGACUCCCAACUCGUUUCUGUAGCAGCCGACAUGUUCGCCUCUCUUCGGAAUCGCCUUUCCCCCGUCCCCAGCGCUGCAGCAUAUAGCCAAUCAAUGCCACCACCCCCACCACCGCUUCUCCUACAAUCAACUGGACCUGUUUUGGGAGCGACAAGCGAGAAUCCCCUCAUCCUUUCGUCUCCUUCGCAACCCUCUGACGCUGGCUCUCAGGCAGAUGAGGAAGAUGCCUCGCUGACGAGUCCAGAGGAGAGGAAGGAGGUCAAGGAUUAUCACCAUGCUGGGUAUUAUGUCACGCCUGGGACGGGUCUUACGCCGCCGAGGGAGGAUACACCACUCGUACCUGCUGCUCCAGAUACCGAACCACCGGUGCGCGAUCUCCGAAUUCCCGAUGCCAAAAUCAAAUCCAAAAGCAAACUACGUCGCUCAGUUUCGGCCCGUGCCUCCGGAAUGCUAUCUCCACGCGGCUUCAGCCUUUUGGACGAUGAUGACGCACCACGACCGACACACCGUUGGGAAUCAUUAAGUCCCCUCGACGAACAAGAAUCGAUAUCAGUCCGAAAUCAUUUGCUCGAUGAGAGAUCAUCUUCGAGACCUCGCGAAUUGCAGGUGCAAGAUACACCUCGGCACCGCAUCUCACAGAGAGGAAUGGCUCUCGCGUCACAAGCGAGCCUGCCGUCGGAGGAUGAGCUUCUCGGUGAACGGGAUCGUACCACUCUGGAAGAUAGCAUGAGGAAGCGAUUCCCGCCUAAUCAGCAGGCGCUCAACAGAGACCUCUCGAACGUUUCGUCGGUGAUGGCAGAUGACGGAUUAAGACGCGUGGACACAAUGAUCUCACUCGACCCGCGACAAUCCAACAACGAUGCUCUUCCGACGAGUGCAUUGCAAACUGGUGAUAGUCUGGGAUAUAGCAAUAGCGUCCUUCGCUCUCAGGCCUACAACGCACGAAUUGCAAUCGAGAAUGCAGAGCAAGAAGCUCGCAGGGUCGAAGAAGCGAGAGAACAGGUCCCAGAAGUCUCACCUACGAAGAGUCGGGUGCAAGCAUCUUUGAGAAAAGCUGGCCCGUCGCAAGAGAGCGUCAAACGCCGAGUACCGAUGGGAUCUCCUUCCAAAUACAAAGAAACACUUGGUCAAGGCCGGCAGUCACCUCGCCAGUCUACCCACGUUUGGACCGAAGGACCAUUGACCCCUACCCUAGGCCGAGCUGCGGCCCAAAAAAAGGCAGCCGGGCAAAGUGGAUCAGCACACGACACUUCUUCGUCUAGCUCCAAUACGUUUGGGAAGAAGGUUUUCGUCGGUGGAACGCCUUCUCAAUCCCUCUCGGACCCCUCUCAACAGUCGGACCUCUCCCAGCGUGCAAAUGAGUCAUCAAUUGUGGUUGCUCCAGCCGAAGAAGACCCCCAUGGAAAUCUCAUCCCUGUAUCACUUCGAGCUGUUCAAGCGGAUAUUACGCAACGUUCAGAGGUCGACGUGGACCAGGUGAUUCCAGAGACGCAAUUUAGUCAAGAUGUGGUCGCCACGACUUCACAUCCGCGGUCUCCCGUCAUUCUCUACUCACGAAAGGACAAGGACGAGCAACCGGUGCCAACACAAGAGUCACAGUCUCAGCCCACCGUCAAAGGACAGGAACCUCGCGUGCUUGUGCCAGCUAGCGCACCUGGGGCCAGCGCUCCAGCGGUAGACGAUCGUGGUACCCACAGCGACUUGUCGAGAAAUACCUCCAUCGUCGUUCCCGGAUCGCAAACCGAUGAGAGCCAGCCCGGAGUUGUGAAAGAAGGAAAGGAGAAGGCCGCUCGGGAAGGAGAGGUCGGACGAGGAGAAAACAAGUCUGCUGAUGGUCAAGACCCGGAAGCUCCAAAUGUCCAGUCUACGUCUAACGAAAAACAAAGCGGUAGUAAAGAGACCGGCUCUUAUGAGUUUUCGGAUCCAAAAGCUACUGCUCAACCGGGGCCACCACCUAAACCAGCACCGUCUUCGCCUAAGAAGCGGACACGAGACGAUGAUCAGCAGGGCGCCGGCGAUAAACGAGGGGCCAAGCGUGCAAAGGUUGAUCGCGCUCGUAGCAAAACUCCUGCAGUACAAAAGGGACCGACGAGUGGCAAAUCAAAACCCCUGCAGACACUCCCUCCGCCUCCUCCACGUCCGGAUACUGCAGAGAAGCCCCGCCAGAAGAGUGUUGCGCCCACUAAAGAGCCGGUAACUCCAAUUCAACGUGCUCGUCCAACCGACGACUACAUCUCUCCUUCUGGUAUUCUUGACUUUUCGUCGUCGCUUACCCCUCUUCCCGACACGAGCGCAGGUCGGGAGCCACAAAGUCUAGAGAUUUCGCCGGCGAAACCAAAGGAAAAGUCACCAAAGAAAGGAACGUGGAAGACGUAUCGUCAUGGCCGAACGCUCGUGACGGAAUUCGUUGCGUCGGCAAGCGAGAACCAGGAUGGAGCCUCUGGUGCCGAUCCUGACAAUCCGGCCACGCAAGAUCCAUUCAAAUCACUCGCGAAGACCACAAAAGAGGUUGUGGAAAAGCCUCUGGCCAAGGAGUUUGAUCGUACUCCAUCCCCCGAACCCGUGAAGCGUUCCGAACCAAUGGCGACUCGACGAGUAACCCGUAGUCAAUCGCAAGCCAAAGCUGAGAGUCAACCAACCAGGCCACUCCCAAAGGGCCGCAAACGACUUCUACAAUACCCCCUACCAGCCAAACGUGCGCGCAAGGGUGCUGGGCCCAUUCUUCCGACAAUUGCGGCAUCUCCUGAAGCCUCUCCCAAACGCACGACCGUUCAGCACCUUCAACCUACGGGUCGCCUCGAUGUGGCUUGCCAGUCCGGUGGUCGUGUUUUCGCACCUCUGAAGAAGAUGUAUAUGACAGCCACUGUUGUCGAGUAUCAGCAAAAGGCGGAACGUGUGAAGUUCAAAGGCAAAGGGAAAGCUAAGGCGACGUCAUUUAUCAACUGCAAAGUCAAGUUUGACGAUGGGACAUGGGAGGAGAUACCCUUGACGGAACUUCGUCGAUGCGAGCUACGAGAGGGAGACGAGUUGCGCAUCCCCGGCAAAAGGGGUGCCAAGCUGGCGCGUACAGGUCAUGUUUCUGCUGUUCCUUCCUGGAUCCAGCGAAAUACCGUCAGCGUGCGCACGACCUCCAAGCCUAAAGAGGAAGUGACAGUAGUUCAGGGAAAGGAUAUCGGAGUGCCCCUCGAGGUCAUUGAGCGAGACUGGGACGACCGACGGGUGCCAACUGUCGAGGAUAUUGGCCUUGGAGAAGAGUUGAUACGAGCACAGGAGGAAGAACGAGCAGCAGAAGAAGCAAAGGGAAAGGGAAAGAAACCUAAAUCAAUGACACUCGGACCGCCAAAAUGGAAGGACUCACCUCCACCACCAGCAUUUCGUGAGCGUUCAAUAUCGCCACCUCUUGUGCGAAAGCGCACGACACCGGCAACGGGACGCUCAAAGAAAGCCACAGCAUCAUCUUCGGCUCGUCGUGUGUCGAUCGCACCCUCGGCUUCAGCACCCCAGCACGAUGCGCGACUUGCAGGCUUUGCUUUCAUCUUCGCUCUCGCAUUUCGCGACGCUGAUGGAAACAAGAUUUCCGAUGCGGCCCGUGAAAAGAAAAAGAACGGGCUUGUUCGAAUCAUCACGCGGCAUGGUGGACGAGUCGUCGAUGACGGAUUUGAUUCCCUUUUCAAUUGGGGCGACAUGUUCUUUCCUGAUGAUUCAAAAGCAGCGAAACGUAAGGUUCCACACUCGUCGACCUCGAGCGUCGCAGAGACGAAAGUCGAACGAUAUAUGCUCCUGGCAGACGGCGUGAACCGAAACCAGAAGUACAUGCUCGCGCUAGCUAUGGGCAUCCCAUGCGUAAAUACGCGAUGGAUCGAGGACGAGGCAAUGAAUUCGUGGAGAAUGCAUGUGCUUCCAGCCGGGACGUAUACCAAGUUGGGGUUGAUAUGCGCGCAAUGGAUUGAUGGAAAUUAUGUCGAUCAUCCACGGUCAUUGCGCGACAUGCAUGAGAAUCCUGGCACACUCUCUCGGCCAUUCAAGGACAAGUCCCUUCUCUUCAUUGAAGAGGACAAGUUUGCGACGACCUAUGUCUUUCCGACGCUUGCGUGUUUGAUGGGAGCAUCACGCGUCGAAAUCGUGCAUUCCCUCAAGUCUGCGUCACUCACACCUGCCGAGUACGGCAUCAUAGUGUAUGAAGAGGACGUGGCGGUUCCGGAGAGUUUAUCCAAGGGCUUGGCUAAGGCGGAUGCAGAGACGGUGGUGGGUACGAUGACUUGGGUGAGCGACUGUCUCAUCUCUGGCGAGUUGUUGGCUCUAUGA